AAGGCCUGCGCCGCACGCCGAGCCACGUCGUGCCGUCAUCAGGCCUCGCCGCGUGGGCGUGGCCAGCGUGGCUUCCCGGGACCACCCGAACCCGCGGCCAUGGCCCCGGCCGCCGCCAGUCCCCCGGAGGUCAUCCGCGCGGCGCAGAAGGACGAGUACUACCGCGGCGGGUUGCGCAGUGCGGCGGGUAGCGCUCUGCACAGCCUGGCGGGUGCGAGGAAGUGGCUGGAGUGGAGGAAGGAGGCUGAGCUGCUCUCAGAUGUAGCCUACUUUGGCCUCACCACACUUGCAGGCUACCAGACCCUCGGGGAGGAGUAUGUCAGCAUCGUGCAGGUGGACCCAUCGGGGAGACGGGUGCCCUCCUGGCUGCGCCGUGGUGCACUGGUGACGCUGCAUGCCGUCCUGCCCUACCUGCUGGACAAAGCCCUGCUCCCCCUGGAGCAGGAGCUGCAGGCUGACCCCGACAGUGGGCGACCCUCGCAGGGGAGCCUGGUGCCGGGCAGGCGCGGCUGCUCAGGGGCGCGGCGCUGGGUGCGUCGCCACACUGCCAGUCUGCCUGAGCAGCAGAGGAGGGCGCUGCUGCGGGCAGCCUUUGUCCUCCGACAGGGCCUCACCUGCCUCCAGCGGCUACACAUUGCCUGGUUUUACAUCCACGGCGUCUUCUACCAUCUGGCCAAGAGGCUCACGGGGGUCACGUACCUCCGUGUCCACCCCAUGCCCGGAGAGGCCCUGAGAGCCCGCACGAGCUACAGGCUACUGGGGCUAGUGUCGCUCCUGCACCUGGCGCUGUCUGUGGGGCUGCAACUGUACGGCUUCAGGCAGCGGCAGCGAGCCAGGAAGGAAUGGAGGCUGCACCGCGCCCUGUCUCACCGCAGAGGCUCCCUGGAGGAAAGAGUCAUCUCCAGAAACCCCCUGUGUACCCUGUGCCUGGAGGAGCGCAGGCACCCGACAGCCACGCCCUGCGGCCACCUGUUCUGCUGGGAGUGCAUCACCGCGUGCUGCAGCAGCAAGGCGGAGUGUCCCCUCUGCCGGGAGAAGUUCCCGCCCCAGAAGCUCGUCUACCUUCGGCACUACCGCUGAGCCGCACCUGCGCGGGCCUGAACACAGACGACUUCCACAGGAGUCUGACCGGCAAGAUUUAGCCCCAAGAUUCACCUUGCACGGAAAUGAGAACGUUCUCACACUGUCUGUUUUUUGCCAUGCCAUACACUAACCCAGCCAGCCCGGGAGGUAAUGGCUGCCCCUGACUGUGCUUUCUCAGUCCUGGCGGGGUGCCCAAACAUGGAGCACUUCCCCAAGCCCAGCCUGGCGCAACUCAGCCACUUCGGCAGUCUCACUGUUUCCCUCCCUUCCCCGAACCACACAGUUGAGAACUAACUUCAGAAGUAGCCAGAAGACACUUUAUUCAUUUAUAUUGUGAGAAGAUGGUUCCAUCAGGCUCGUGUUAAGGCAGUGGACUGAAUGAGUGUGUGUUGAGUUGGUACGGGGCACGGGGGGCUGGGUUUGCUUCAGCCAGAGUGCCCCAGGGCCCGUGGGAGGCGGUGGGAUUCUCCCCCGGGGCAGCUGAGCAGAGCACCUCCACCAGGAUUCAGUGACCACACGGCAGACAGA